AUACCACCCAGGUCCCUGAGGACUGGCCCCAGCACGGAGAGAUAAAGAUCCAGGAUCUGUGUGUCCGUUACGACCCCCUUCUGAAGCCUGUCCUCAAACACGUUAAUGCCUACAUCAACCCCGGACAGAAGGUCGGCAUCUGUGGACGCACAGGAAGUGGAAAGUCCUCCCUUUCUCUGGCCUUCUUCAAUAUGGUCGACGUGUUUGAAGGGCGGAUCAUCAUUGAUGGUAUUGACAUCUGUAAGCUGCCCCUCCAGACCCUGAGGUCUCGUCUGUCCAUCAUCCUCCAGGACCCGGUGCUGUUCAGCGGAUCCAUCCGGUUUAACCUGGACCCAGAGCGUACCUGUACUGAUGACAGACUGUGGGAGGCGCUCGAAAUCGCCCAGCUGAAGAACAUGGUCAAAGCCCUUUCUGGGGGACUAGACGCGGUGGUGACAGAGGGAGGGGAGAACUUCAGUGUGGGUCAGAGGCAGUUGUUCUGUCUGGCCAGAGCCUUCGUCAGGAAGAGCUCCAUCCUCAUUAUGGAUGAAGCCACUGCAUCCAUCGACAUGGCAACGGAGAAUGUCUUACAGAAGGUGGUGAUGACAGCCUUCGCCGACCGAACAGUCGUCACUAUUGCACACCGUGUCCACACCAUCCUGGAAGCUGACCUGGUGAUCGUGAUGAAGCGAGGGAACAUCUUAGAGAUGGACAAACCAGAGACCCUUCUGGAGAACGAGGACGGCAUGUUCGCUUCCUUCGUCAGGGCUGACAUGUAGGCUCACACACUGUCAGCCAGCACACCAUCAGUCUAUCAAUGUAUCAGCCUCCUCAGUGUUUCCCACAAUGCUUAGGUGGGGCGCAGAGUUCCAGAUAUUAUGACCAUUAUUGACUGAAGCUCAUACUGUAGGUUUUAGACAGGGGAAAUGGAGCCAGGCCGGUUGACCACCUCCACUUGGUAAUGGUAGGGGAAACACUGCUUCCCAAAGCACCACUGAUGGCCUUCUUGUGUUGAUUAUUGGUCAUGUAUUAGUUAUUGAUUGAUUGAUUGAACGAGUGACCUAUUAUCUUGGUCGUGUAAGGAUCACAAGCGGUCGUUAAAUAUGAUUACAAUUUUACAAAGCUUUACUUAAAUGUUUUAUGUUUAAAUGAUAUAUUUAGUUACUUAUUACUAUAUGAUGUAUGUAUAUAUUUUACACCAUUAUUCAUAGGUAAGCAAUAAGCAGGUAUAGUGUAGUAUUACUACAUUGGUACGAACACUGUAGGGUAUAUCGCUGGAGCAGUUUUAGCCCGGUGACCCUUUGUCUGUCUGAUUAGAUGCGAUGCUGACUGAACCCUGGGACUGUGGACAUUUAGUGGUCACUGACUCCUCUUUGGAGAAGGACAGCUUUCACCCAAUGGGUGUUCUCCAAAGGACUGAAUCUUAAUGUGAGAUGUGCAGGCCUAACUUCAACUCACACAGAACUUGUGUACUGUAAACCACACAUCCAUGUCAAGAUGUAUGUGAAAACGUGGAGUUACGCAUGUUGGUGUUAAGUUAAGAUCCAGCCCUAAAUGAUAAGGGAAGAUUCCACUUUCUUCUACCUGCCAUAAGCCAGGCCAGCGGUACUUUCUACCAUACAUGGUGCUGGCUGGUGUAAUUGGUAAGGAAAGUGGUUUCUAUUUUCAGUAUUAAACCUGGUUUCUGGGGAGCUGUGCCACUGUCCCACUGUAGUACCUGAAUAUUUAUAGUUAUUUUGUAUAUCGAACAAUGAUCAUUUUAUAUUGACUUCUUUGUAUUGUAUUAUAGCCUGAAUGCCAAACUGAUUAUUGUAAGCUACACUUUGAAGAAUGUCGGUAUCUGUUUUUAUCGAUA